CAGAAGCGCUCGCGGCAGCUUUGAGGCAUCGAGGUUCUGAGGACCUCCACGGGGAAGAUGGCCAGCUCCUCGAAGACUGCAGGCCUCGACCUAGGUCACAAGAUUGAGGCCCAGUAUGGCGACGCUAUUGAGAAGCUGCAGGCGUUCAAGGACACGACAACGUUUGCUGCCCAGUACCGCGACCAAGUUUCUGUGUUCGAGAACCUGGUCUUCGUGAAUCUGGUCCUGCCGGAGACGAUGGAGCCGAAGGUUGCCGCAGCGGUGGCGACCAAGGAUGGCGUCCUCUCAACUCUGGGCACCCUCAGGGUUAUGGAGACAAGCCGCAAUAACCCCGCCGCCGCGGCUUUCGUGCGCGCCUUCAGCUGGGUUAGCCAGGCGUGGGACGACGCGGUGCAGCGCUCAGGGCUCAGCUUAAGAGACUACGCGGCAGUGCGAGCGUUCAAGGGCAUAAGCAAUGCGAGCUUCCACGCUGCUGUUGAGCCUCAGCAGGUGCUUGUGAUGCUGCAGAGCAGCGUGCCUGUUCCAGAGGACAUGCAGGCGUACAAGGAGCCCCUCAUUGCGCUGCUGCGGAUUCUGGCGAGCGCAUGAAGUAUGAAGGGAGGGGGGCGCAUGCAACGCUCGGUGGAUGAGGCAAAUUUUUGACGGCGCGGACCUGGCUGCGGCGGCCGUGGUUGUGGACGGCCAUCGAGAUGGUACCCUGGCCAGUAGCUGCUGCCAUGGCUGGAUGCCGUGGCGGUGGCGAUUGGGGCCGGGGACGAAGGCAGCGGAUGCGGGAGUGAGGAAGCGGCUUGCAGCUAGCGGGUUGAAAGAGGCGCCGUUUGGGCCACAGGCAGAAGCGAGCCAGCAGCAGCAGAGCUAAUGCUCGAGCGGAUAGCAGUGGCGUGCACAGCCUGCGGGACACAGCGCACUCUCUGUCCGAGCGCCCACACCCAGUACAAUCCCAGUACGUGCAGAAGGUUCUGGAGCUGCAGGCGCAGCUUGUAGGCGUUAUGACGCAGGAGGCGUGCAAGUGGGCUGAGCUGGUGAAGGACACGGAGCGCGCAGAUGAGAUGCUGGGUUCCGAUGAGGAUGAGUCCGUGGGCGAGGAGUGUCCGGACCCCAAGGACAAAGGGACGUUUUGUGGUUGCGUGCGUGCGGGCAGAGUGCGCGUGGAAUGACAACAGUGUAUGAAAAUGUGACUACUGUGCUGGGCAGUGUCCCAAUCCAAGAUGCGAGGACCUGUUUAUCCAGAGGCGGUAUGGAAGCUCAUUUUACCGGGAUAGCAUGUAUUGCGGUGUGGCUGUGUGUGUAUUUGCUUGGCAAGGAGUCCUACGUGCGUGUCUGCACUUCUGCGUGAGCCUGCACGGGAAUCCGAGGCUUGAUGUCGUGACCAGCUUAGUGGCUUUCGUCGGUCCUAG